ACAAAAAACACUACUGCAUACGUUUUGUGUAUUGUUGUUCUGUGCCCGUUUCAUUCAUCCAUGAUCCAGCGGAUAAGUAUCUCAGAUCCACGCCAAUUAAAUAGAAAAAAAACACAUUUUGAGCGUAAGAGAAAUAUUGCGAUUCAGACUUCAUGGAAAAUGUAUUCAGAUGACGACUUUGAACAGCAUAGAGCUUGAGUUCAGGCCAUUACACAGCACAGGAGCAGACCUGAGUUUUCGGCUGGGCAGUGCCAGUGGUGCACCGCGCACCUGCACUGGUGCAGUGCAAUUUGGAUCGGAUUGGAUUUGGAGUUUGAGCAUAUGCAGCAAUGUCAUUUGAGAAUGAUUUUUUGUUAGACGUGAAUCUAAUUUCCAUGACCAUGUAAAUGAUAAGGCCAAAACAGUGAUCUAGAUCUCAGCUCAUCUCAGUCGAGAAUAGGCCCUAACUAACUUGUUAACUCGAUCAUAUUUGUGUGUGUGUGUGAGUGAAAAAAAAACUUACAAAACAAGAUCAGCCCAAUUGGUAGUUUUGAAUUUGAGCAUCACUGAAAUCUAGUGAUUGAUCUUAAGAAAGUGUUGCAUGUUAGUGCAAUUUCAACUUUUUGAACAAAAGUAAGCAUACUUUAAGUAAAGAUGGAGGAAGAUGAAGGAUUCAUGAUGGGAGAGGAAGAUGAGCUUGGUUAUGACGAUGAUGAUGAUGCAGGAUCCAGUGACUUUGGAGACCAUUUUGAGAUGGAGGAGGACGAUGGGUCAUACAGUCGAGAUAGAGAAGAUGUUGAUGAUUUCCAGUAUCAAGUGUUAACUCCGGACGAUAUUGUGCAAUUAAUGGUCGAUACAAUACGUGAAGUCAACAAUGUCGUGAAGAUUCCAGCUACUGUAACCAGGAUACUACUGAACCACUUCAAAUGGGACAAGGAGAAACUAAUGGAGAGGCUAUAUGGAGGAGACCCCGAUGCAGUAUUUACAGAAGCACACGUAAUCAGUCCAUAUAGGAAAACACACGCAAAACAACCAAAGGUGAACACAAGAUCAUCGGUUGCUGUGACAGAGUACUGUGAAAUAUGCUUCAGAACAGUUCUAGGAUCAUCAAUGACAGGCAUCGAGUGCAACCAUAAAUUCUGUGCAGACUGCUGGACGGAGUAUCUUACAACCAAGAUCAUGGAGGAAGGCAUGGGUCAAACUAUAGCAUGUGCAGCCCAUGGAUGUGACAUCCUUGUAGAUGACAUAACUGUUAUGAAAUUAGUGAAAGAGGCCAAAGUGAAACUGAAGUAUCAGCACCUAAUUUCCAAUAGUUUUGUGGAAUGCAAUCGUCUAAUGAGGUGGUGCCCCGCCCCCGACUGCCCCAACGCAUUUAAAGCUAACCACAUAGAACCCCACCCUGUUACCUGUAUUUGCUCACAUACAUGCUGCUUUGUCUGUGGUGAAAAUUGGCAUGAUCCUGUCAAGUGUUCAUGGCUCAAGAAGUGGAUCAAAAAAUGUGAUGAUGACAGCGAGACUUCCAACUGGAUUGCGGCUAACACCAAAGAAUGUCCCAAGUGUCAUGUGACCAUAGAGAAGGACGGUGGUUGCAAUCACAUGGUUUGUCGCAACCAGAACUGCAAGGCUGACUUCUGUUGGGUGUGUCUAGGACCGUGGGAGCCCCAUGGAUCAUCAUGGUACAACUGCAAUAGGUAUGAUGAAGAUGAUGCAAGAAAAGCAAGGAACAACCAAGCGCGAUCGAGGCAAGCUUUAGAGAGGUACCUGUUCUACUGCAAUCGCUACAUGAACCACAUGCAGAGUUUACGAUUUGAGAACAAGCUCUACGCCCAGAUCAAACGUAAGAUGGAGGAGAUGCAGCAGCAUAAUAUGUCAUGGAUAGAGGUUCAGUUCUUGAAGAAAGCUGUAGACGUUCUGUGCCAAUGUCGCAGUACUCUCAUGUACACCUAUGUCUUUGCAUUCUACCUCAAAAAGAACAACCAGUCUCUUAUAUUUGAGGAGAAUCAGAAGGACUUAGAGAAUGCCACGGAGACGUUAUCAGAGUACCUCGAACGUGAUAUCACCUCCGAUGCUCUAGCAGAAAUCAAGCAAAAAGUGCAAGAUAAAUCAAGGUACUGCGAGAGCAGGAGAAAGGUGUUACUAGAACACGUCCAUGAAGGCUACGAGAAAGAUCUCUGGGAGUAUUACGAUAAUUGAAUAGCAGACUAGCGGACUAGGAAGUGACUAUUUUAGCCUGUUUAGAGAGGAGUAUCGAGAGCAAUUGACUUCCAUCUAUACUUUCCAAAAUAAACAUGUUUGUCAUGUGCAUAUCAUUAAUAUAAAGACAAACUUGUAAUGUUUUUCUUCAUGUAUCCGUAACGUUCAGUUUGUUUGUGUUCCCCACUCCAUCCGAGUUACCCUUUUCCGUUUCUGAUUUCAUAUACUCAUAAACCUAAGAAUUUGUUAGGUACCUGUAUGCACAUGAAAAUAAACAACUUUUUUUGCAAUGUAAAAAAAAAAAGCAAGAAAAAAUGAAGAAAAAAAAAAUAAAAGAGCAAUAGCUGUGAGAAGAAUCUGUCAUUUCAUCUAGCUGUUGGUGAUCGUUGACCUCUUUGCCAUGUUUUCCCAGUCGUAUAGGGUAAUUAGAAGUUCAGCAUUGGCUGUUGGUGUUGGGCCAGUUUGUUCACCAGCCACAGUACAGUGCUGCCAACUAGCGCUGAUUUUCAGUAUUUAGUACUGAAAAUGAGAAUAUGCAUGGUUUCGUGCAAAUAUUGAUUUCUAAAGUUUCAGUGUAUGUGUUGUCUUUUGGUAUUUCUUUUAAACUACUGUGGAGCGUUUCAUCAAUAUUUUCAUCCGACAAGUUGUCAGAUCUGACAACUU